CGAGGUAGGUUCCAGUAAUGCGGUUUAAAUCGUUGGGUACUGCCACGGUCUCGGUCAUUCGGCUGACUGGACGCCUACCUAAAACACCACACACUCACGCCUGCAAUGGUUUUCCUUUAUUGUGAUUUAAGCACCACCUGGAGUUUGGAGACAGCAUGGCUGGGGAAUUAGUGAGUGUGGAGCACUGCUUGGAGAACCACCUCCCUGAACAAGAGCUCAAGGAGGUGAAGAGGAUCCUGUAUGGCCGAGAACAUGCCCCCAUUGAAAUUCCUCAAGAGGCUCAAAAACUGGCCCAGCAGCACAACUUUGAGGUGAAAAGUUACCAGAUAACAGCCAAGAAGGAAGAACUCACCCCUCCCAGAUUGGUUCGUAUAGGACUUGUGCAGAACUCCAUUGCUGCUGAGACCACUGCACCAGUAGGAGUCCAGCGUUCAGCACUGCACAACAAGAUCUCCCGCAUCACUGAGGCUGCUGCAUUGUGUGGUGUUAAUGUGCUGUGCUAUCAAGAAGCUUGGACAAUGCCCUUUGCUUUCUGUACAAGAGAGAAACAGCCAUGGUGUGAAUUUGCUGAGGAUGCUGACUGUGGACCCACCACACAGCUGUGCCAGGAGCUGGCACAAAAGUACAACAUGGUGAUUGUGUCCCCCAUCCUUGAGCGAGACAGCAUCCAUGGGGACACCCUCUGGAACACUGCUGUUGUAAUCAGUAACAAUGGACAUGUGUUAGGCAAGACUCGCAAGAAUCACAUUCCUCGAGUAGGAGACUUCAAUGAGUCUACCUACUACAUGGAAGGAGACACUGGCCAUGUUGUUUUCCAGACACAGUUUGGUCGCCUUGCUGUCAACAUUUGCUAUGGACGCCACCACCCUCAGAAUUGGAUGAUGUAUGGCAUCAAUGGUGCAGAAAUAGUGUUCAAUCCGUCUGCCACUGUUGGAGCUCUUAGUGAGCCUUUGUGGGCCAUUGAGGCAAGGAAUGCAGCCAUUGCUAACAGCUAUUUUGCCUGUGCCAUUAAUCGUGUUGGUACUGAGGUCUUCCCGAAUGAGUUCACUUCUGCUGAUGGCAAGCCAGCACACAAAGACUUCGGUCACUUCUAUGGCUCAUCAUACGUAGCUGCCCCUGAUGGCUCUCGUACCCCAGGUUUGUCAAGGAACAAAGAUGGGCUUCUGGUUACUGAAGUAGACCUGAAUCUCUGUCGUCAGGUCAAGGACCACUGGGGUUUCAGGAUGACGCAACGCCUCGACCUUUAUGCAAGUUCCCUCUCGGCUGCCAUCAUGCCCAACUACCAGCCACCAAUCAUCAGAGAUUCCUGCUAAGUGUCUAACAAACUGAUGAGAAUAACAGUUCAGUGAUCAAAUUUUCUCAUACCAAAUUUUUAGUUAUAUAUUUAAGUAUUUUCUUGCAACCCAUGUGUGCCUUUUUCAUGUGUAAUUUGAUACCUAAGAUUUUGAUGCAUAUACUGACCUUGGUCACCACAGCUGAGGGUUUAGGUGUAAAGGUUCACCCAGUUGAGCCUGUGACUGAAUGGCCCACUGGUCAGUAACACUUGCCACUCUUAACUCUGUUCCGAGACCAAUGUUUCCUAGGGCACAGAAUACACAUGUAUGAUAUUGUGAUAGUUAUUCUUGCACAGUAGUAUAAAGUAGAUCAUCAUACCAGUUUGAUCUCAACCCUCAACAGUAUAUGAGUUAAUGUAAAAAGAUUUUAUGUUGAAGUAAGAAUUAUUGUACCAUCAAUUUUCUCUUAAUAUAGAUAAUAUAUUUUCUAUUAAUACAUAAGUGGGGGGCCGCCGUGGUACGGUGGGAGCAUGUGCACUUUGAGGGCUGAGGGAUCCUUGGGCACACAAGUCUGAAACUUGGCCACAGUCUAAUGGUAGGAAGGACAUUCACUUGGGAUAACGAUUUCCAAUUGCCAAAUCCAAAGUCCUUUGUUAGGAGGCGCCAUUCUAGCCUUCAUAGACUAGGGAAACCAGAAGUAAAAACCGGAAAAAAAAAAAA